AUGCAGCCAACAUACCAGCCGCCAAUGAACGGCCAGCACGCGCCUCAGCCGCAGGCCUCUGGGGCUCCGCCGCCUCCUCUGCAGCAGCCCCCCCCGCCGCCGCAGUACUACCAGGCGCCGCCGCAGUACUACCAGCAGGGACCCCCGCCGGCUAUGUGGGGCCAUCCGCAGCAGCAUAUGCCUCCGCAGUACGCGCCCCCGCCGCCGCAGUACGCGCCUCAGCCUCCUCAGCAGUACGCGCCGCCGCCGCAGCAUUACGCGCCGCCGCCGCCGCAGUACGGAGCGCAGAUGGCUGGCGGGCCGCCUUCCGGAGGCGAGGAUAUCAGGUCGCUGUGGAUCGGAGAUCUCCAGUACUGGAUGGAUGAGACCUACCUCUACAACGCCUUUGCUCCUGUGGGGCCGCAGCAGGUCACCUCAGUGAAAAUCAUCCGCAACAAACAUACUGGGCAGCCCGAGGGUUAUGGUUUUAUUGAAUUUCAAUCUCGAGCUGCUGCGGAAUAUGCUCUGGGGACCUUUAAUGGGCAGAUGAUGCCUAAUGUUGAACAAGUUUUUAAGCUAAACUGGGCUUCUUGUAGUGCUGGUGACAAGCGGGGUGACGAUGGUUCUGAUCACACAAUAUUUGUUGGUGAUUUGGCUGCUGAUGUUACUGACGCCAUGUUGGAAGAGAUAUUCAAAGCCACCUACCCAUCAGUUAAAGGUGCUAAUGUUGUUACUGACAGGGCCACUGGUCGCUCCAAAGGAUAUGGUUUUGUACGCUUUGGAGAUCUAAAUGAGCAGACACGUGCUAUGACUGAGAUGAAUGGAGUGCCAUUGUCUACAAGACAAAUGAGGAUUGGGCCUGCAGCUAACAAGAAGAAUAUAGGUACUCAGCAGACAUAUUCAACUAAUGCAGGGUACCAGAGCUCUCAAGUAAAUGAGGCGGCGAAUGAUCCCAACAAUACUACAAUCUUUGUGGGCGGGUUAGAUUCCAAUAUAGAUGAGAACUAUCUAAGGCAAGUUUUUACUCCAUAUGGCGAAGUUGGUUAUGUGAAGAUUCCUGUAGGCAAGCGUUGUGGAUUUGUCCAAUUUACCAGCAGGGCGUGCGCUGAGCAGGCCAUCAGUGCGCUGAAUGGGUCUCAGAUUGGUAGUUCCAAUGUUCGCCUUUCAUGGGGCCGUAGCCAAAACAAACAGCCUCCCCAGCAGGAUGCAAACCAGGGUAAUGGCAACAGCUACUAUGGAUAUCAACAGGGUCCUGAUGCAUACUAUGGUGCACCCAAUGCGCAAGAUCCUAGCAUGCAAAACUAUGGAUACUCUGGUUAUGGCAGUUACGAGCAGCAACAGCAGCCAUCUCAGCAGCAGCAACCUCCACAGCAGCAGCCACCACAGCAGCAACAGCAGCAGCCCCCACAGCAGUGA